AUGCCCAAGCGAGCAUAUCCGUUCACGGAAACCUUCUCGUCCCAGUACAAAAUACAUGUUGGGCAGCAUGAGCUGAAUAACUCCAGUGUGUUUGGGAAUAAAUACAGGAAAGAAAUCUACGAAAAGACGAAGAACCUGCUUUUCAAUGGCGCCAAGGCUAUGGUUGAUAAAAUAUGGUCCGGCGACGAGAAAACCAACGAGCCUGAGUCAACUAGACAAGAGACUGUCGAAAGCAGCCACACUCUCUUAAGAGGACAGACUUUAAUAGGCACUGACGGAAGACUUACUAAAGCCACAAAAACUCAAGGAGUUGGGCCUCCUCCAACUGGCUGCUACGUUUGUCAGAGGAGUGCAUCAUGCCGGACAUCUUGCUCGCUGUGUGAACGACUUGUCUGCUCCCCCUGCAGCCGACAGUGCUCCAACUGCUCCAGCCUCUGCUGUUCAGUCUGUACCAUCAUUGAUUACAGUGGACGUUAUGAUGAAGUGCUCUGCUGCAGUUGUUCCACAUAA